CGCAAGGGCGGACGGACCGACCGACUAGAGCAGGCCCUGGGGGCGCUGGACCAGGGGUCGCCCGGGCGCAGGUGUGGGCCAGCACUGAGGCCAGAGACUUGGCUGCACCACGGAGGGCUGCGCUUCCCUCCCAGCUGGUCACCCGCCAGGACGCCAUGAGCCAGUCAGGGUCUGGGAGCUCCUGCCCGGGUGCUGCCAACGGCAGCCUGGGCCGGUCUGAUGGGGUGGCCAAGAUGAGCGCCAAGGACCUGUUUGAGCAGAGGAAGAGGUACUCCAACUCCAACGUCAUCAUGCAUGAGACCUCGCAGUACCAUGUCCAGCACCUAGCCACGUUCAUCAUGGACAAGAGUGAGGCCAUUGUCUCCGUGGAGGACGCCAUCCGAAAGCUGGUGCAGCUGAGCUCCAAGGAGAAGAUCUGGACACAGGAGAUGCUGCUGCAGGUCAACGACAAGACACUGCGGCUGCUGGAUAUAGGGUCCCAGGAGGAGCUGGAGAACUUCCCGCUGCCCACCGUGCGGCACUGCCAGACGGUGCUGAACCAGCUGCGCUAUCCGUCGGUGCUGCUGCUCGUGUGCCAGGACUCGGACCAGAGCAAGCCCGACAUCCACUUCUUCCACUGCGACGAGGUCGAGGCGGAGCUGGUGCACGAGGACAUCGAGAGCGCGCUCGCAGACUGGAGGCUGGGGAAGAAGAUGCGGCCGCAGACCCUCAAGGGCCACCAGGAGAAGAUUCGCCAGCGACAGUCCAUCCUGCCCCCGCCCCAGGGCCCGGCUCCCAUCCCUUUCUACUGCCUUAGCGGGGACUCGCUCCAGGCCGCCAAGAACCGCGUGGGCCUGCCGGUGCCGCUCGGCGAGCCAGGCUUCCGCCGUCGGGAGUCGCUGGAUGAGGAGCCGCGGGCAGUGCUGGCGCAGAAGAUCGAGAAGGAAACGCAAAUCCUAAACUGCGCCCUGGACGACAUUGAGUGGUUCGUGGCGCGGCUGCAGAAGGCGGCUGAGGCUUUCAAGCAGCUGAACCAGCGGAAGAAGGGGAAGAAGAAGGGCAAGAAAGGGCCGGCAGAGGGUGUCCUCACGCUGCGCGCGCGGCCUCCCUCCGAGGGCGAGUUUGUCGACUGUUUUCAGAAAACCAAGCUGGCCAUCAACCUGCUGGCCAAGCUGAAGAAGCACAUCCAGAACCCCAGCGCGGCCGAGCUCCUGCACUUCCUGUUCGGACCCCUGGACCUGAUCGUCAGCACCUGUGGCAGCCCGGACAUUGCACGCUCAGUCUCCAGCCCCCUGCUCUCCCGCGACGCGGUGGGCUUCCUGCGCGGCCACCUGGUCCCCAAGGAGAUGGCGUUGUGGGAGACGCUGGGCGAGACCUGGACACGCCCCCGGGCCGAGUGGCCUCGGGAACCACAGAUGCUCCUGUAUGUGCCCAAGUUCCACAGCGGCUGGGAGCCCCCCCUGGAUGUGCUUCAGGAGGCUCCCUGGGAGGUGGAGGGACUGGCAGCUGUCCCCAGUGAUGAGCCGACUCCAGUGAGCCGACUGUCCUUUCGAAAUACCCCGAAGCACAGCCUGACAUCUGAGCCCACACCCCCGGGAGAUGUCCUCCCACCAGCCGGGUCCCCCCAUGCUCACAGGCGCUACGAUCCAUUGCCCACCAUGGGCAAGUACGUCAAGAUCCUCUAUGACUUCACAGCCCGGAAUGCCAAUGAGCUCUCUGUGCUCAAGGAUGAGGUUCUGGAGGUGCUGGAGGACGGCCGGCAGUGGUGGAAGCUACGCAACCGCAGUGGGCAGGCGGGCUACGUGCCCUGUAACAUCCUGGACGAGAUUCAGCCCGAGGAGGCAGGUGCCACCCUGGAGCAGGCCAGUCUGCAAUACUGGGGCCCCGCCAGCCCCACCCACAAGCUGCCUGCCAACUUCGCUGGGAACAAAGAUGAGCUGAUCCACCACAUGGAUGAGGUCAACGACGAGCUAGUCAGGAGGAUCAGCAACACCAAGGCGCAGCCCCAGCGGCACUUCCGCGUGGAGCGCAGCCAACCUGUCAACCUGCCACUCACCUUCGAGUCCAGCCCCAACGAGGUCCGCGCCUGGCUGGAAGCCAAGGCCUUCAGCCCGCGGACCGUGGACCACCUGGGCAUCCUAACAGCCCUGCAGCUCUUCUCGCUCAACAAGGAGGAGCUGAAGAAGGUGUGCGGUGAGGAAGGCAUCCGGGUGUACAGCCAGCUGACCGUGCAGAAGGCCUUCCUGGAGAAGCAGCAAGGUGGGUCGGAGCUGCAGGAACUUAUGAACAAGUUCCAUUCCAAGAACCAGAGGAGGAUGGAGGACAGCUAGACCUGCGGUGGCUGGGGCACCUUCUUGGGGCAGAGCACACCUGCGGGGGUGGGCACAGACUGGCCUGGCUGUGCCCUCCCCUCAGUUCGUGGAGUAUUAUUUUUGUAUGUGCAUGUAUUUUGUACCAAGGACAUGGAUGGGGUGGGGUGCUGGAUAGACCCUGAACCUGGCUAGGGGCUGUCUCACCUGCCUCAUGGUGUACGGCCUGCCCUCAGGCCCAGCAGUGCCCAGCGGAUUGUACCACUGCCACCCAGCCCAGCCAAGCCAGGCCUCACUCACCUGCCCACAACAAGGCCAACCUCAGCCAAACCUGCCACCUUGAGGUGCCAGCCCCCUCCCUGCCUGCCCACUGAGGUCUGGCCCCCUCCCCUCCCCAUACCUCUGUCCCUCCCUCCUCUGCCCCGCUUCCACAUCCUUGUCUCCUUUCCCCCCUCACCACACCUCUGCCUGGAGCUGCAGAACACCCCAGAGAGCCAGUGGGGCCCUUCCUCUGGCUUCCCCUUAUCCACAGGGGGUUCCUGGCACCUAGGACCCUGUCCCCAACUGCUUGCUUCUGCACCCACCUGCACUCAGCCGCACCCCCAUACUCCAGGAUGGCUGUGGCCAGCAGGACGGCACCACAGCUCCAGAUGUUGCCCACAGCACAGCCCCCAUAAGAAGCUCCGGCUCCCCAGGUGGCCAGGGGAGGGGCUCCAAGACAGGAGGCCUUUGGCCUUUGAGGAGCAGGAUGGACUUGGAAACACACACACGCCCAAGUACUGGCUCUAGACCCCUUCCCACAGAGCCCUGGAGGAGCUUCCUACCACCACACUCAGACCUGUUCUGGAGCACAGAUGCUGAAGGUCACGCUCAGAGACAAGGUGGUUGGAUCUGCAAGGCUGCCUGUCAUUAAACCUAUCAAGUCUUCUAGUGGCCACGUCUCUGUUCUGGGGGCUGCGGGAUCACUGGACCCUGGAGCCCACCUGGGACAGUGCCUUCAUAAGGGCUGAGGGCAGGCUGUGGUCAGGCUGGGCUGUGGAUGUUCCAAGUACGGCCACUCACCCCUGACCCCAAAGGCCAGGAGACCCCUGCACACAUGUGCCCAAGAGGGGAAGGGCUGAGAGGGGCCCUCUGAGGCUGCAGGCCCAGCAGACCGAAAGCCUGUCCUGA